AUGCUGGAAAUGUGGGGUUCACGGCCAGCUCCCGCAGAACAGCUUGCGACAACGGGUAGGAAUUAUGUAAAGCUUUAUUCUGAGGAACACGUCCGACGGUGUGGCCCUGCCAUGUCCGACACGGCGCGGGCUAUCGCGCGACAAGGCGAAAGCGCUGUGCAGACUGCCGAGGAGCUCUCAGAAGCCGUGGAUGCGCUUCAGGAGCAUUCCCAAGUGGGGGCUCCAGCACUGAGCCGCAUGCUGGCACAGCUACGACGAGUGACACAAGGGCCGCAGCAGCAACCGCCGCAGCAGCACCUAGCGACAACGACAUCCAGCCAGACGCGUGGAGCGGCAGCAGCAGCAGCAGCAGUACCGCCGCGCAGCACCAUCAUUAGCACACCACCAACGACAACAACAACAUGA